AUGCAAACAGAUACGAUGAACUCAGCAAUAACAGCUCCUACGGCGACAGCAAGCACGUCGUCGUCGAAUCAAAGUGGAUCGAAUGAUUUUGUCAAGAAGUUAUUCCAAAUGCUUCAAGAAGUUAACUACAAAGAUGUGGUAACGUGGACCACAAAUGGGGAUAGCUUUGUUGUAUUGAAUACAAAUGAGUUCACGAAGGAAAUUUUGCCAAGGCACUUUAAGCAUAGCAAUUUCGCUUCGUUUGUAAGGCAGUUGAACAAGUAUGACUUUCACAAAGUGAAGAUCCCUAACGAAGAGAAGCAAAACUACAAGUACGGUGAAGAUGCUUGGGAAUUUAAACAUCCAGACUUCAGAAUAAACGAUCGAGAAUCCUUGGAGAACAUCAAAAGAAAGGGACCCACUACUAAGAAGGGACAAGGUUCCAGUAACAACGGUGGUAAUAGUGCACAAUAUCAAGGAGGACUCGACCGCAGCAACGGUGGUGGCUCUGGCAUGGCCGAGACAGACUAUGGGGUUAUACAGCACCAAUUCCAGCAGUUGAAUGAAGAAGUAAGGUCAUUAAGACAAGAAAACAAGGCUUUAUUCCAAGAAGUGAAUAUCUUGCAAACUAAAUACAAGGCGGUAGUUGAUAAUAUAAUAGGAUUGAAAUCUUUUGAUGAACGGUACUCUAGGUCGAUGGGAAUUCUAGUCAACUGUCUAACUCAAGCUGGUAUUAAGUUGCCAUUAUUAGAUUUCCCUAAUCCAAAUUUGAUUCAUCUUCAACAACCUGUAACACAAACACAGCUUCAACUGCCAACUCAGCCUCAGCCUGCAUCCCAAUCCCAACCAUCAAGCUUGCAGGCACAAUCACAGCAAGGACACCCUUCAGCACAAUCACAUCUGAAGACUCACACUCAAGUACCAGUACAACCAGGCCAACCAGGACAUUCACAUACGAAUUCUUUGGGCCAGUCUGAUGCAAGAUACGACACAGGAUACUCUCCAAUGUUGCCCCACCAUCAACAACAUCCUCCUCCACAAACCAAUGAUGAUUCCAAGCUGCUUGACACUAAGGUUGUUCCAAGAAGAGAUCUGACAGUAGCAGUUCAAGUUGCUCCUAGUACUUCCAAUACAACUGGUCCAGGAGGUUCUACUGUGGCUAGAUCUACUAGGGACAAUAGUACCUCCGCAUCUCCUGAACAUCCCCAGGUAACAACUACCAACUUACAAAAUCCUAAAUUUCAUGUGCUUUUGGUCGAAGAUGAUAAUGUUUGCAUUCAGCUUUGUAGGAAAUUCUUAGUAAAGUAUGGAUGUCAAGUCACCGUGGCGACUGACGGAUUGAAUGCAAUCCUGACUGUGGAACACACUCGAUAUGAUUUGGUUUUAAUGGAUAUAGUCAUGCCAAACUUAGACGGUGCGACAGCUACUAGCGUGAUCAGAUCUUUUGAUACCAAGACCCCUAUUAUAGCUAUGACGGGUAAUAUUGAAGAAUAUGAUCUUGUUACCUAUUUGGAAAAUGGUAUGUCUGAUAUUUUGGCUAAGCCAUUUACCAGAGAAGACUUAUACAACAUGUUAAGUAAGCAUCUCUUGACUCCAAAUGAGACAAGCAAUAACGGAGGUAUCUCAGCCAGUGCGAGGGCUCCAAUUCAAGAGCCUUUGGCUAUUACGCCAUCUGAGGAGUUACACAGUGAAAAGAGGCAAAGGUUGAAGUAG